AUGAUCACUGCACAGGUCCCCAAGGACAAUGUCAAUGCUCCGCCUCCCACGCCGCCAUCGGACUACGAUGGCGGGCGGCACCCCCCCCCCAACGGCCACCACCACCACAACAAGGCAGCGCUUUGCGACGUGGCCCGCCAGUUUUUCCACGAAAUGAAGAGGAAAUCAAUUCCCGACUUUUCUUCAAGAGUGGCGCAGCUCGUGGCCGAACUGGUCAAGAACAUCCAGGCCCAGAUGGACCAGAAUGCGGCCAGCCCGAUUGAUGGCGAAGAAGAGCAGCAGGGCUUCUCAUGGGACCAUGCUCUCGCGCUGCAGAUUGACGAGCUCAUGCACCGAGGUCCCCCGGAACUUGACGUCUGCGUUUCUUGGUACAUGCUGGUCCAUGCUGUCCGUGCCAUGUCGGAAGACGACAGCUGUGAGGACGACGGCAGCGACGAUGGGGACGACCUGAGCAUCCAUGUUUCGCAUCAGCCUCGACUCGUGGGCAGUCCUGUGCCGCUCGAUCGCCUCCAAGUUCCCUGCUGUCCCGGACCGUCGAGCUGCCCGUCUAUUACGUCGUGCGAUGCGUACCGUGCUCUGAGCAAAGCGCUCAUCAGGGCAAACCCGAUGCUGGCAUUUGAUGACCUACCCCUGACGUUUCUUGCUCAACCUUGCAAAAAUCCAAACAGUCAUAGAUUGGGAAAAGCCAAGAGGGACUUGCCGGCGUUCCACAUUGCCAUGGCAGAGGGCGCCCACGAUCUUGUCAAGUUCAUGAUGGACGAGUGUCUCAACUUUGUCAGCAACGACACGAAGCUAUCCAAGCCGAGCUUGAAGCUCCUGAAAAGGGGGUCUGACCCUCGGCGAUAUCUGGUCAAUGUCAUGAACAAGAAGCAUUUCAACUUCACGGCGCUGGAGCACGCCGUCAACAAUUACCGGGAAAUCGGGGACAAGAAGCAGCUGGACGUGCUCGAGAUGCUUCUCGGGUUCGAUGACCUCGAUGGCGCCGCGGAUCGCCUCGCUGACGAGAACAUCCUCGAGCACGCCGUACGACAGACUUUUCUGGCGUUUGGCACAGCCGAAGGCGACUUCGGUCGCUUCUCAGAGGAUGGCAUUGGUAACACGCCGGAGCAUCCCACAUGUCGCGAUAAUCAGUCCCUGCGCGUUGUCAAGGUAAUUCUGCAAUACAGACGAGACAUGAAGACAAAGGACGCCAUCUUACACGUGUUGGGGUGGGGAUUGGCGAGAGAGCUGGGGAGAGCACAGCUCGUCGAGAUCUUCACCAUUGGCGCCGAGGAUCAAGUCGACGGUGACGUUGUCGGGCUCAUCAUGAAGCACAAUCUCGUGGACGUGUGGCGGUUGGAUCCCAUCCAGCGAGCAGUGGCGCGUCUCCUCAGACAUGACCAGACGGCCAAAAACGUCUUCUGCGCCGCGCUCACCCUCACCAAGGGCUCUCACUUCGUGCAGAGCAUUGCGCCGCAGGUUGUGCGAGUUCUCGAUUUUGACAUCAUGAGCGACAUGGUCAAGCGCGGUCACCUGGACGCAUGGGAGCUCCCCCCUAUACAGGCGCGCUGGAGCGAGAUCAGUAAAGAGGAACAACAAAGGUGCAUGCUCCAUGUCGCUGUGCAGUACCAGCAGAUCGAGUUUGUGAGGCACUUUCUGCGUCAAGACCCUGCAUGGGUGACCAAGGCCAUCCCGGUUCAGGACGUCCCCGACAAGGCUGUGUAUGCACUCUGGCAUCACAACUUUGUCGUUGGCCAACAAGGAACGUACGAGCCCAGGGUUCCGCCGCCCAACAGUCAACCAAGUUGGAAUAUGCGGGGGCAACCGAUUGGUGCAAAAACGACAAGCAACUCAGCCGUGACUCGGCCAGGAGCCCAAAGGGUGGAAAAGGCUCACGAGCCAAUGGCGCAGGCCGACGACGCAGGGCCGGAAGGCAGCCCAAAGUUGGACGCCAGGGCCGAAAUCCGCAAACUCCUAGUUCACGCCACCAUACAACAGGCCAAGGAUAUGAAGACAAUUGCCAGGAUAUUCCGUGAGUCGGACGAACCCGCCGGCCAGAUUUGCUUCGAUCUCUCACGCUUUGCGUCGAGACUGUACUCGGUUGACGAGUUUUUGCAUUCCCUGGUGGCCGUCAAGGGCCGAGGGAGUGAGCGACAUCUCAAGUUCGAAGAGGUGCUUCGGUAUGCCGACUUCCCGCCGCUGGGCCCGGACGCAUGGGACAAGGGCCCCGAAUGGCAUCUGCAUGUCCACGACGAGGUGUUCCGGGCCUUGAACUGGCUGCGGGAUAGGCGUGUUCGCAAGAUCAUGAAGCUCCGGGUUCUGGACCGCAUGCAUGAUCCGCACGACGAGGUAGAGAUCGCCAAGGUCGUCGGUGAGUUUGAGGUCUCUGUCUUGGACUGGCGACACCUUGACAUGGCAAUUUCCUGCUUCAGUCUCGCGACAAAGCAGCGCCUAACCGAGCUUCACUUGUACUCGAGUGGGAAGAUGGCAGUGGUGGAUCAUUGGCUGGGCGAAAAUGGUAUCAAGUCGUUGACAAACCUCAAGCUGGUUCGGAUACAUUUAAUCCAGGACCUCAUGACGUCGGAGCGCAGCAGCAGCCUCAAGGCUCGAAUCUCAGAAGCACUCCGGGCACUCAGGGCCGAAAGAAAGGGCUUCAAAUCCACCAUUGUCGCCCAGUCGUGGAACUCGUUGCCGCCAAACGACGGAAAGGAUCUCUCAGAAAUUGCCGAGAGGGCCGUCCCAGACUUGCUCAGAUACAUCAACAACUACCGCAACAAGGUGUUGAGCUGCCUCCAGACGAACACGCCGGUCCGGCCGACGCGUGUGGCGAUCAUUGACAACGGCAUCUUGAACAUCCCGCCUUUCCGGACAAGCCAGAACCACGAAGGUCUAUGGCCGCGCAUCAAGGAUGGGCAGUCGUUUGUCGACGACGCGAGCCGGCUGGGCUCGUGGCUGUUUGCAUCGGACCCGCACGGCACCCAAAUGGCCAACCUGAUGUGCGCCAUCGACCCGUACUGCGACCUCUACGUGGCCAAGAUUGUUGAGGGCAGGGAGGGCAUCUUGCCAGACAACGUUGCCGAGGCCAUAGACUGGGCGAACAGCAGAAAGGUCGACAUCAUAUCCAUGAGCUUCGCCAUCCCGGAGAACGGCUCCAACGAGGAAUACACCAAGGAGCUCAGGAUGGCCGUCGACAGGGCCAACCAAAACGGCAUCGUCCUCUUCUGCAGCCACCACGACGAGGGCUGGAACGUGAGGAAGUCGUGGCCGGCCGAGUGCGACGGGACAAAGGUGAUUGUGGCAUGCAACGAGUACGGCAACUUUGCGAACCGCCACGUGGGCGAGUACAACUACAAGAUCCACGGCAUGGACAUUUCGGCCGGUGCCGUGCCGUACCUCGAGUCCAGCGAGAGCAUUUCGGGCAGCUCGGUGGCGACCGCCAUGGUGGCCGGCCUGUCGUCCCUGAUGCUGUCCUGUCACCGUCUGCAGUUCCCAGGCGUCAAGUUCAACGGGAAGGGGGACGAGUACAUCUCCAAGAGGGACUUCAUCGAGCAGAUGCUCAGGAGGCUUUCGGACCCCGCCGGCUCGGAUGGCGAGGGCCCGCUAUAUGUGCAGCUGAGGAAGUUUGAGCAGUUUGCGUGCAACAAGGACGGCAACGAGGUCUACCCGUGGCUCCGCGCCUGA